AGCAUCAGGGCUCUGCCUUAGGAUCUGAUCUGAUUUUCUGCUAAAACAACUUAGUGAUGAUUUUCUAGUGAUUUGAAUGCUAUUCAUGCACUAAAGCAUUCUGCCCGUCCCUCUCCGGAAUCGGAACAUGGGUUUGGUGUUUACGAAAUUGUUUUCUUCCCUAUUCGGUAGCAAGGAAGCUCGAAUCCUUGUUCUUGGUCUCGACAAUGCGGGAAAAACAACAAUUCUAUAUCGGCUUCAGAUGGGCGAAGUUGUCUCAACUAUUCCAACAAUUGGGUUUAAUGUCGAAACAGUGCAAUAUAACAAUAUUAAAUUUCAAGUCUGGGAUUUAGGUGGGCAAACAAGUAUUAGGCCUUAUUGGAGGUGUUACUUUCCAAAUACUCAAGCAAUCAUCUAUGUUGUUGAUUCAAGUGACAUUGACAGGCUUGUGAUAGCCAAGGAAGAGUUUCACGCUAUUCUGGAGGAGGAAGAGCUUAAAGGUGCAGUUGUUCUCAUUUUUGCAAACAAACAGGACCUCCCAGGUGCCCUUGAUGAUGCUGCAGUGACGGAGGCUCUAGAAUUGCACAAGAUUAAAAAUCGCGAAUGGGCUAUUUUUAAAACUUCUGCCAUGAAAGGCGAAGGACUUUUUGAAGGAAUGGACUGGCUGAGUAAUACGCUCAAAUCUGGAGGUGGCUAGGGGUGAUAAUGUGUCGGCUUCAAAGACAAGACGCUUCAUCCGACUGAUGUACAAUGAAGGCUGACGUGUACUUUCUAUGAUUUUCACACUAAUCUAUCAUGAAUGAUAUUUUUACGAGAUGAUUUUAUUCAUCUCUCACAUACAUGUAUAUGUUUCUCUUUUUGUCUUGGUAAAGAUAAUGAACUCUGGUCACUUCUUGUCA